GGGGCGGCCACGGGGCUGCCGCCGCCGCCUCCCCUCACUGAAGGAGCUGCCGGCGCGGAGCGGAGCGGGCCGGGCUGGGCCCGCCCGGGCCCGCCCGGCCGCCGCCACCAACACCGCCACCAUUCCGCCCCUACCUUCCCGUUGCCGGCGGCCCCCAGCUGCCACCAUGCAAGAGCUCAUCGCCAGCGUGGACCACAUCACGUUCGACCUGGAGCUGGCCGUGGAGCAGCAGCUGGGGGCACAGCCGCUCCCCUUCCCUGGCAUGGACAAAUCGGGCGCAGCUGUCUGUGAGUUUUUUUUAAAGGCGGCAUGUGGAAAAGGAGGCAUGUGCCCGUUCAGACACAUCAGUGGGGAAAAGACAGUUGUUUGUAAACACUGGCUACGAGGACUGUGCAAAAAGGGAGACCAGUGCGAGUUCCUACACGAGUAUGACAUGACCAAGAUGCCUGAGUGUUACUUCUACUCCAAGUUUGGGGAAUGCAGUAACAAGGAAUGUCCAUUCUUGCACAUUGACCCGGAGUCGAAGAUCAAAGACUGUCCCUGGUAUGACAGAGGCUUCUGUAAGCACGCCCUCGGUUUGAACUGCCAGUGGGAACCACAGAGCAACCACCACUGCCUCAGCCAACACAAACACAGCAAAAGAGGACACCCCAAGUCAUUGGAGUCAUGCAAUCUCAAAAUAACAACAGUGGGAACAGAGGACCCCGGCCAUUGGAACAGGUCACCUGCUACAAGUGUGGUGAAAAAGGUCAUUAUGCCAACAGAUGCACCAAAGGACACCUGGCCUUUCUCAGUGGACAGUGAAGGAGCAGCAGGAAGGUGCAAGGGAGCUGUUACCACUGAGGAAAGGUUUCUGCCUAGCACAAUGUCUGGAGCUAUUAAUCAGGUUGUUUUUUUAAUGCCAUUACUGAAAGAACUGGUCAGAGGCUGGCUGCUGCUAAGCAACAUUUUUGUAACUGUCCCAAACUUUUUUAAGUUUUAACCUUUUUAAAAUCGAUUUUGGCCUCUGCCUGUUUUCAUUGAGCCCUUAUGAAAGGUAGAUCUAAAAGCCAGUAGAUAAUCCAAGCCCUUACUGGUGCAGCACUCCACAUAAACACAUCUUAGGCCAGUGUUUCUUUCAAGUAUUUUCCUUCUGCCACUUCUCUUUGGAGAAUCUGCAGCGUUUCAGCCCUCCCUGUGGAAGCCUGAAGACUGACUGGGAAAACUUAACACUUGUAAUGCCUUCUCCUCAGUGAGGUAGAAGGGAUUCUGCUGUCCUGUAGCUCUUCAAAAGCAAAGUCCUGUUUCCAGGUCAGCCUGGUGAGCUUGUCCUGGUGGCUGACAAAGCCCCUCACAUACAUCAGGCAGUAAAACCUGUGUCCACUUGAUUUGUUUCUGUGCUUCUUGCUGUACUGAAGGUUAGAAAUCAAUCUUCUGGGAGAGAACUGAUCAGGGGGAGAAUAAAUUGGCAUCUCUCUGGUUAGCCAGACAAUAAGGAACAAUAAUUAUAGGAAAGCUGCAUCUGUGCUCAGUUCCCACGUGAAGAAAGGAGGGACAAGAGCACGGCUUGGAGUAGGAAUAGAAGAGCCUUGUCUCAGCCCCAUUGUCCAGCUCACACUGAGCAGGUAUUCCCACACUCUAGAGAGCAGGAGUGGGGCUGUAUAUUCUUAUGGAACACUGCUUUUAAAGUGUUGGUAGAGAUUCCUUCUGAGAGCAUUUUUUUCCAACACAAACCCCAUUUAUUUUGAGAUGACUAUUUCAAAAGGGCCAAUGACAAAAUGUGAAUUAAAAGUAAAAAAAUACCCGCAAUGUGAGCCUUAUUGAAUCUGUCCCAUCUCUUCAUUUGCUGCCUGCCUUUAUACUUUGUUUUUAUUGAAAUGUACUGAUGGCAAAAGCUGGCUGUGAAUUUAUUUUUCUUGAAGAACAAGGUAAAUGUGGCUGGAUUAAGAGAAGUGACCAGA